AUGGUUUCGACGGCGCUGCUUCAAGAAAAGUAUAACAAAAUCAGAAAUAACUUCUGUUUUUAUCUGGAUAUACAAGAAUCCGCUAUGUGUCGAUCACUCUCCCGCAGAUUACAGGAUAUGGGUUUACAUCAGGAAGUAUUUCUGACUCCUCGGGUGACACAUGUAAUAUUGGACCAUAAACCAAGCACCGCCGCAUCGAGAUGGCCGCGGCGUGAGGGCCGUGCUCGCGUCGAUGCGAUGCUUGAGAGACUGCGUGCACAUUCGCCACCUAAACCAGUGAACCAUAACUACAUAGAACUAACAGUGCAGAAGGCUAUAAAUCUAUUGGAUAAACUAUAUGAUACAUUCUUCACUCAACGUAAAGCACACAUCAACUACUUCAGUAAACAUUUUAUCAAGAUUGAAUUUUUGGACAAUUUGUACAGACCUGUAUACAAGGAAUUCGAUGAGUGGCCUCAAAUCUCACUAGAACCAGAUCCUGCAAAGGAAAAGAAAAAUUUGCCUGAAAAUAUUGUCGAAAUUCCCACCAACAACAAUAUUGGUUCAAAAAUGACAAGAAAAAGCAGACCUCGUAUCAAAGAAAGAGAAAUAAAAGAGGAAAAGGGUGGCUAUUGUGAAAUGUGUAAUGUGGACUAUGCUGAUGCUACCCUACAUAGAAGAUCUCCACAUCACUUGGCAUUUGUGAGGGAUCAUGCCAAUUUCUUAUCUUUAGACUCACUCAUUACAUCAGGAACAGAUGUCAAUACUUUUCUGGACAAAGCAACACCAGUAAAUGGUGAAAGAAGAUCACUGAGAAAAUUAUGUAAUGGUGAUGCAGAACCAAAGAAUAGACGAUCAAAAAGGUCACAAUCACCAGAGACAGUCAAUGGUAAUGUAAGCCCGAAACGGAAUGGUGGUAUUGAAGAAGAAAAGAAACGUAGUACAAGAUGUAGUAAGAAAGCCAGUGAAUCCACACAAUCUGAAGAUCGUCAGUACUAUAAAGUUGUUGGAGUAAGCACUAAGUUAAGAUCAAGUGGAGGUUUCACAAAGAAAAGAGAAUUACCACCCUGCAAUGGAACAAAGCCGUUGGUGGUAAAAAUCAGAAAAGUACGCCGGUCUGAACUGUCAGUACUAAGUGAUGAAGCAGAACAGUUUAUGUUUCCUAAAAGAGCCAGUUCAACUAGUUCCACUUCAUCAGAUGAAGAACCUGUGGUUCCAGCAAAGACUAGAAAGAAGACCUCACCCCAACAACCACCUCCUGAGAGGCAGAGAUUAGCAAGACCUGUGGCAUUAAAGGAAGAAUCUUCAGAGGAAGAUAUGAUGUGGCCCGAGGAUCAUAGAAAAAAACGACGUGGGCCUCCAGUUGUAAAACGAGGGAGACGGAAAUAUGUGCGACAGCCACCUAGUAAACCACCAGAACCACAAGAACCAGAUCCACCACCAAUUAAAAUAGAAACUCCAUUAGAACCAGAACCACCUCCACAACCUGAGCCACCUGUUGAGCCAGAAGUAAGUCCUUUACGAGAGGAACCAGUAGAGAGGUGUAUGAAAUGGGAAGAUGGAAGAUUAAAAUAUACUCCAGCAGUGGAACAGCUUGAGUUUGCAUUUGAAUCUGUACCCCACAGUGAGCCUUGGUUUAGUACAUUUAAGCGGCAAGAUCAGGACAAGGUUGUUGCUAAGAAUGUUCCGCAGUUUUUUGCACUUUAUUCAAAAUCGCCAAAGUUACCCUAUGAAAUUGGUCAGUUACCACCACUUAAACCAAAUUGCUGUCCCUUGAGUGACUUGGUGAAAAGAGAAGGAAAAGAAAAACCCGGACCUUCGCGUGCUUAUGGGACUAGAGGUAUGAAGAAGCAAAGAAUGAGAAAACGAACUGCAGCCAUAUUAGCUAUGGAGAGCCAUCCACGCAAAUCACCUAGAGAACAUGCUUCAACAUUAGCGAUUUUAGGCUCUGCUGGCUUGUUACACCGCAGCAAAAAUGUAGAUGAUGCUAAAUCUACAGCUUCUGAAGAUACAUUAAGUGAAACACUCUCUAAACCUGAACCAGUUCUUACAGAAAUACAAGAAACUUCAGAAAGACUGCAACAAUUUUUAUCUGAGGUUUUUGAAGAUGAAUCUGAUUAUGAUGUCUCUGAAGAUGUAAUGGAGAAUGACAUCUCUGUGAUUACAUCAAAAGAAAUUCCAGACUUCUCUAGUUUAGUAUCUGAAUGUGAAAAAUGUGAUCUUAUUAGUAAUGAAAUUAGACAGGAUACAGUAAAAACCAGAGGCAAAUUUAAGAAAAAGAAUAGAACUGGCUGGCCUUCAAAGAAAAAUAAAAAGAAAUCCUCUAGAAAUAGCAGCAUAGAUGACAAAGUUGACAGUUUGGACCGUUCCUCAGCAGAUCUCGAAACUCUCAGUGAAGCUGAUGAAAAUAAGUCUGAAAGUGAAGAAAAUGUAAAGGAAACUAAGAUAGACGAGCUUGAGUUACCGUGUCCUAUGGAUAUUGAUAAUAGGUCUAAUGAUAAGAGUGUAUUAGAAAAUGACAAAAGUAUACAUGAGAAUAAAGAUAGCCUAUCCCCAAGUUCUGAAAAAAGAACAUCAUCAGACAGUGAGGAGAAAGUAGAAAUUAAGAGGAAAACGCGUGCAUUACAGGGCUUGUGUGAUUGGCUGCCUGUAGUAAGAGUGGCAAGGGUUGACCCAAAUGCAUCUCGAAGACUUAGAUCUGCUGGUAGAGUUCGAUCUAGCAAGCUGAGAUAG